GCGGGCGCGGGCGGGCCCAGGCCGGCGGGGAGGGCGCCCAGCCCGCCGCGAUGCCCGCGCGCCCCGCACUCCCGCUCGGCGCCGCGAUGCCGCUGCUGCUGCUGCUGCUGCUGUGCGCGGGCGGCCGGGCCGCGGAGCCGGGCGCGCCGGGGACCCCCGGGGACGACCCGCACGCCAAGCACCUGUACACGGGCGACAUGUUCGCGCACGGGAUCCGCAGCGCCGCGCACUUCGUCAUGUUCUUCGCGCCCUGGUGCGGGCACUGCCAGCGGCUGCAGCCCACCUGGAACGAGCUGGGCGACAAGUACAACAGCAGGGAGGACGCGCAGGUCUACGUGGCCAAGGUGGACUGCACGGCUGACGCGGACGUGUGCUCGGCCCAGGGCGUGCGGGGCUACCCCACCUUGAAGUUCUUCAGGCCGGGCCAGGAGGCGGUGAAGUCAGGGCCGCGGGACUUGCAGGCGCUGGAGAGCUGGAUGCUGCGGACCCUCGGCCAGGAGCCGACGGCGGCGGAGUCAGAGGCGGCAGGGCGGCGCCCGCGGGCCCCCGAGCGCAAGCAGGGCCUGUACGAGCUGUCGGCCGGCAACUUCGCGACACACGUGGCCCAGGGCGACCACUUCAUCAAGUUCUUCGCCCCGUGGUGUGGCCACUGCAAGGCCCUCGCGCCCACGUGGGAGCAGCUGGCCCUGGGCCUGGAGCAGUCAGACGCCGUCAAGAUUGGCAAGGUGGACUGCACCGAGCACCACGAGCUCUGCUCGGGCAACCAGGUCCGCGGCUACCCCACGCUCCUGUGGUUCCGGGACGGCAAAAAGACCGACCAGUACAAGGGCAAGCGGGACCUGGAGUCGCUUCGUGAGUACGUGGACACGCAGCUCCGCGGUGCGGACCAGGCAGCGCCCGGGAGCGAGCAGCCCUCGGAGGCCCCCAUGCUGGGCGCCCAGCCUGCGGCCAGCCAGGGCGCGGUGCUGGCGCUCACCGAGCAGAACUUCGAGGAGACGGUGGCGGACGGGGUGACCUUCGUCAAGUUCUACGCCCCGUGGUGUGGUCACUGCAAGAACCUGGCGCCCACGUGGGAGAAGCUGUCCACCCAGGAGUUCCCGGGCAUGGCGGGGGUCAAGGUGGCCGAGGUGGACUGCACGGCCCAGCAGAGCCUCUGCAGCAAGUAUUCGGUGCGCGGCUACCCCACGCUGCUGCUGUUCCGGGCGGGCAGCCAGGUGGCGGAGCACAGUGGCGGCCGGGACCUCGACUCGCUGCACCGCUUCGUCCUGGCGCAGGCCCGCGACGAGCUGUAGGCGGUGACGCCCCCCGGCCCCCGCCUCACCUGGAUGGUUCCUUUGAGACGAAAUAGAGUGGAAGAAAGUCAGAUUGCCAAAGUCUUCCCGGCCCCUGGGCCGCCCGGGGUGGAGGGCUCAGGGCAUCCUCGGGGGUCCCUGGGAAGGCCCAGGGCGGGGCGGGGGGAGGGCCUGUGGUCUGCAGCCCCUCCCCGCCCUGCUGUUUCCGAGCCCCGCGCCUGCCCCCUCUAAGGGGGGCAUCUCUCUCCCCGGGAGCGGGGCCACCGGCCUGUCCGCCCAGGAGCAGCUGCUGCCUCUGGACACUGGCCGGGUCCCCCGUCCGGCCCCUCCCGCAGGGAAGGAACCGGCCCAGGGUCUCUGCGUGAGCCCCAGGCGCUGGCUGCACGCGGGACGCGGGGCCGGGACAGUGGGCAGCGCCCGCGUCAGCAACCCCUCGGGCAGCCGGUGGGCGCCGGCCCCGGGUCCUUUGCAGCCUCGUCCGCGUCUGCAUGCGUGAGUGCACACAGACGGAGCUGCCAGCCCCCGGGCCAGCACGACGCCCCGUCCCGGCCAGACCGAUGUCCCCUGUGCCCCGAGCCGCCCGCCGCCCUCGGACCCCAGGGCGAGACCAAACUCCAAACCAAAGUUGGCCCAGCCCCAGCGCCCACCGCCCGUCACCCCGUGCCCGAGCCCGAGCCCAGCCAGGCCGGAGGACACGGGUCACGCGGGGACCGUGCCCAGACUGGCAGCGGGACGGGCCUGCCUUAAAGGGAGUCUCUCCCCACGCAGAUGCUCUUUCCAGAGAACUUCCUGGAAGUUUCUCCCUCCGGCGUGGCUCAGCCUUUGCCGCAGGAGAAUCCGUGGUACAAUCUGUUUACACUUUGAGACUUUCUAAGUAAACUGUUUUUUAAACAGACAGGUCUGACCUUGCCUUCGAG